UGUUGGCAUCAUAGCUUUUAGUCGACUUUUACUUUGUCCAAAACCCCAAACAAUUUCAGCUGUCACAGAAUGCAAAGAAAAACAAAACACUCACAUUUAAUUAUUAUAAUUAUUCAUCGAUUGUUGCGGAUCAAUAUUCUAUUAAUCAACUUAUCAAAAAAAUCUGUCUCAUAUGUGCAUGGUUUAUCAACCUGCAUCAUUUUAUCUUAUGACAGGCUUUAAAGCCCCUGGGAACAUGUUUAAACCAGAUAAAAAUAUCAUGACAAAAUAAAUAAACAAACGAAGUUGUUAGCUUCUCUUUAUCAAGAGCUCGACUCUGAAAGCCUCAGCUCAUGUGCUUCAUCAGGGCUGCGUGGGUACGGAUCGGAUCGGAUCGGAUCGGAUCGGAUCUGAAACACCUCAUGUAACUAAAGCAGGACCCGUCGUUCACAGGAGGAAUCUGAGUUUCUGGAUCUUUAAAGUUCCCGCGUUGGUCACAUGAAGGGGAAAAAUCGGGUGAACUGGUUUUAAAAGGUGUGGGAAGCCGGAGAACAUGUUCUCGUCCUCGUCCAGAAACUCUCUGUUCUCGCCCUGGUCGUCCAUGGAGCAGUCGGACUCUGAAGCGUUGGACAUCAGCACCAAAGUGCAGCUGCACGGCGUGCUGUGGAAGAGGCCCUUCGGACGGCCGUCGGCCAAGUGGUCCCGCAGAUUCUUCAUCAUCAAAGACAGCUUCCUGCUCUACUAUGCAGAGAGCGAGAAGAAAAGCUUUGAGACCAACAGUUACUUCAACAUCCACCCAAAGGGGGUCAUUCCUUUGGGCGGGUGUGUGGUGUCAGCCAAUGACAGCAUGGGCAUGCCCUUCGCCAUCGUCAUCAACCUGGAAGAUUUUACUGGAACCAUAGUGCUGGCUGCUGAGUCCGAGGAGGAGCAGGUCCGGUGGAUGGAGAUGCUCCAGGAGUCGGGGAAAGUAACGUGGAAGAACGCCCAGCUGGGAGAGGCCAUGAUCGAGAGUCUGGAGGCUCAGGGGCUGCAGUUGGCCAAAGAGAAGCAGGAGUAUUUGGAUAAACUGAUGGAAGAGACUGAGGAGCUCAGUCAUCAGAGAGCGCAGAGGGAGGAGCUGGAGCGUCUGAACCAGGUCCUGGAGGAGGAGAAGAUGAAGUUUGAGGAGGUGGUGAUGGAGCUGAAGGCGGAGCAGGAGCAUAUCAAACUAGACCUGGACGGCACAGCUCAGUCCCUGAAGGGCGUCGAGAGCGAGAAGGAGGAGCUGAGCAGUUUAACUGUGAUGCUCCAGAAAUCCAUCGAGGAGCUCUCUCAGGAGAAGCAGCGAACCCUGGAGCUGCUGGGGGUGAAGGAGCAGGAGGAGCAGGAGGCGCAGGCGGCGGAGAAGAGCUCUGAGCCCGCAGGCGUGGACCUGCUGCAGGACCUGCAACACAUCGAGGAGCAAAUGAAGGUCCUGCUGAAGGAGAAGGACCAGGCUGACGAGAAGCUCAGGGAGAACGAGCAGCGGGCUAAAAUCCUGCAGCAGGAGAGGGAGUACUACUCGACUCAGGCUCGGACGCUGCAGCAGUCGCUCUCCCAGCUCACGGCGGACAAGCAGCAGACUGAGGCCGAGCUCAAGGCGGAGAUAGAGUCUCGGGUGGAGCUGGAGAAGAGACUGAAGCAGGCCGAAGAGGCCCUGCAGGACCUGGAGAAGGGCCUGAACUCGCUGGAACGGACCAAAGAGAGAGACGAGAAGAUGAAGGGGGACGUGACCCAUCUGAGAAAGUUCUUUGAGGAGUGUAUCUGUGCAGCGGAGAUGGAGGCGAAGCUCCCGGCCAUAAUGAAGAACGCCGUGUAUCUGCACAAAGCUGCCGCACGCAGAAUCAAGAGCUGCCGGAUCCAGAGGAGAGCAUCCAGACGCCACUGGUUAAAACACUCCAAGUCUUUUGCUGUAACCAACGCCGACGAGCGCAGCUUGGAGGAGCUGCGAGAGACGGCCCGGCGGCUGACCUCCGACAGCAGCUUCAGGGAGAGCGUGUACAAGAUCAUCGCUCGCAAGGACGCCACGAGCAAAACGGAGGACUGAGAGGAGACGCGGCGAGGAGAAAAGGUCGUUAGCUUCCCAAACUGCCCAUGAAAUACUGUAGGCGACUGUACACACUAAUCUGCUAUUAAAAUCAAGUCAUUAGAUACCUGUUUUAUGUAACAGCACUGGUUCUUGUCCCCUCAUGGACUGACUGGUUUACCGCCAUUUUAAACCACGCAGAACCACAAGAACUGAGCAGGAAGAAAAGAAACCCUGAAGAUUAGGGAAAUUUAGGAUUUACAAACUACAGUUUUCAUGGUAUUUUCAUUCUUAAUAUUUACUGUUAUGUGACUGCAGUGUUCAGGCUGGAGGGUUAGAACACACGUCUCGGUCAGGUGACGACUGUGUCCUCACCAGACUACUGAGUCCUGGAAGCAAAGGUGGACCGUCUGGGACUCCACCUGAGAGUUAAACACAGAUCAUAGCCUUGUACCUUGAGUUUCGAGUGUUUUCACUGUUCUCUAAAAUAAAGAUACAUAGUAUUAUAAUAGAUUUACAGAAAAUAUUUAGCAGAUAGCACAGACAAGGCAAAUAAUCUUGUAAAAUGUUUGUUUUUAUUAUUUUGCUGUUGAUUGUAUGCACAGAUUGUGUCCUUCACUUGAACAGAAGUUUCAUGAAAACAGUGAACUCACAGAUGUGUUCAAUGUCGACCGUUUCAUUAUUGCUGCAUCUGAAAAUCUGUCUUUGAUGAAGCAACUCAAUGUAAUUCACUCUCAAGCAUUUUAUGUUACUGUACAAAUGUGUAAAUGGUAACUCAACACCAGAAAUGAGAGAGAAAAGAAGCCCACACGUCAGGGUAAAGUAAGAGGGAACAUUAUGGAGCGACAAUGCGAAUAAAGCUGUGUUUGAACCUCGAACGUGUCGUUUCAUUAACGCAGCUAAAAGGCUGUGGGUUCAUACCUGACUCAGCUGUCUCGGUUUCCUGUUCUCGGCAGCACAAUCGAUGACACCGUGACAAGUCUGAAAUGUGGACGCGUUUCCAUCAGAGGACAGACUUGUUGUGUUUUACGCUUUGAUAAAGUUCAGUGUUGGGAAGAAAAGUUCUGUCACGACGAUCGUAGGUUACUUCACCAGGACCUGCAGCAAAUAAAACGACAGAGUGAUGAAUGUGAGCAGUAACAGUACAGCUGGAGUCCACUAACUGCUAUAAAACAUAUUAAUAAGUGUGAUUUCCUGUUCUGAACACUCCUAUUUUAAAAGCACUUCAUAAAUGGUUUAAAACAGCACAAAUAAGGGUAUUUAAAGUCUUUACUAAUCCAUUGACAUCUGUACAAGCUCAUUUGUUCAUGACUUGUUACAUAUUGUUGCACCUUUGUUAUACUUUAAUAAACCUAUGAGGAGUUGUUGAUAAAUA